GAGUGCGAGACCUUUGAGAAGUGUUGUCCCAAUGUCUGUGGAACCAAGAGCUGUGUGGCUGCUCGGUACAUGGACAUCAAGGGGAAAAAGGGGCCUGUGGGGAUGCCCAAAGAGGCAACGUGUGACCGCUUCAUGUGCAUCCAGCAAGGCUCAGAGUGCGACAUCUGGGAUGGGCAGCCUGUCUGCAAAUGCAAGGACAGAUGUGAAAAGGAGCCAAGCUUUACCUGUGCCUCUGACGGGCUCACCUACUACAACAAGUGCUACAUGGAUGCAGAGGCCUGCAUCAAAGGCAUUACACUGAACGUGGUCACCUGUAGGUACCAUCUCACCUGGCCAAACACCAGCCCUAUCCCCCCAGAAACAACAGCUCGCCCUACCACCGCCUACUCUGAGACAACAGUUGUUGAUAUCCUGCCACCUACACUGGUGAACAACCCUGUCCAUCAGUCCGUCUAUGUGGGAGAGACCGUCAGCUUCCUCUGCGACGUCUCAGGGAGACCCAAGCCAGAAAUCACAUGGGAGAAGCAGGUCGAUGGGAAGGACAAAGUCAUCAUGAAGCCAAACCACGUCAGAGGGAACGUCGUGGUCACCAACAUCGCCCAGCUGGUCAUCUACAACACGCAGUUGCAGGAUGCGGGAAUCUACACCUGCACUGCCCAGAACAGUGGUGGCCUCCUCCAGGCAGAUUUCCCUUUGUCAGUCAUCAGAGGAGAGCCCACAUCCAAGGAAGCUUCCCAGAACAAAACACAUUUCCCAACCGACGAGUGCCUGAAGCAGCCGGACAGUGAAGACUGUGGGGAAGAGCAGACCAGGUGGUACUAUGAUGCCAAGAAAAACAACUGCUUUACUUUCAUCUAUGGGAACUGCAACAGCAACCUCAACCACUUUGAGACCUAUGAGAGUUGCAUGCUAACGUGCAUGAACGGCCCCAUCAACAUCUGCAACCUGCCUGCCCUUCAAGGCCACUGCAAGGCCUACGAGCCCAGGUGGGCCUACAACAGCUUGACAAAGGAGUGCCAGUCCUUUAUCUACGGCGGGUGUGGAGGCAAUGAGAAUAACUUUGAGAGCCGGGAGGCCUGUGAGGAGAUGUGCCCCUUCCCAAAGAACACGCACUGCAAGGCCUGCAAACCCCGCCAGAAGCUGGUGACCAGCUUUUGCAAAAGCGACUUUGUCAUCCUGGGCCGCAUCACGGAGCUGACCGAAGACCAAGACUCAGGACAUGCCCUGGUGACGGUGGAGGAGAUUCUCAAGGAUGAAAAAAUGGGAUUAAAAUUCCUGGGGAAGGAACCACUAGAAAUCACGCUUUUGAACAUGGACUGGAGCUGCCCAUGUCCCAACAUGACCACAGUGGAUGGCCAGCUCAUCAUCAUGGGGGAUGUCCACAAUGGCAUGGCCAUUCUACAGCCAGACAGCUUUGUGGGCACCUCCAGCAUCCGGCGUGUGCGCAAGCUCCGCGAAGUUAUCCACAAGAAAACCUGUGAGCUUUUGAAAGAGUUCCUGGGAUUGCAUUAACCUCCCUCACAUGUGUGAGCUGCCCUGUUAGUAGGGCUAACAAGUGCUAGGCUAGUGCCAAACUAAACACACUGUUUGAAGAUACACUGUAGGAAUUAUGCAGAACCCCUAUUUUAAUCCCUUAAUGAUGCUUAGCAACAACAUAGUUAGGUCUUUGGCAAGCUUGUAAACCAGCAGCAAAAGGCCAUUAAUCUUGCAUUGAAAUCAAUUUCUCCACAUAGGAGUGCCAUUUAACUAGGUGACUCACUUCGGCAAUUAUAAAAUUUUUAUCUAGCUUCCAUCAUAAAUGACAGAAUUCAUAGCUAUACAGAAUUCAUGGCUACACAGCUAAGAAAUAUAUAAUGUCUAUUUAAUCUGUCUCAGUUUCAGUCUGAUUCAUCGUUUUAAGUCACACGCUUGGCUUCUUACAGCAGCACUAAUAUUUCAAGAGAAAAGCCUGUAAAUUAUUGUCUCUAUUUACAAUUGUGCACAUUUAACCAACCUAUGCAUGAGUUUGCUUCUUUUAAUUGCAAUUUACCUUUUUUUUUCCUUUUAAAAACCUCAUUUUAAAAUGACAACUACUACCUAUCUUGCAAUUCUUACUGAAGAACAUACUUCCUUGAUCCUAUGCCCAGGACAACAGGUCACUGUAAAAACUCAAGGCACAGUCUCACCCUGAAAUGACAUUUCUGUCACCAGAACAAGGUCAGCAAACACCCUCAUUCCCUAUUUAAGUUUCAAUUGAUAUAUUGUCUAUCACAAAAAGUCCAAGCCAGGUCAGCAGUGUGCUCCCAGUUUGAAAAGCCUUUAUACCUGAGCAUACACAGCGAUUUAUUGCUUAUUUUCAGUAGCAAUCCUGCUUUUAUAGAUAAGAGAGCAAAGUAAGAGGAACAAAAUUCAACCGAGGAAAGUAUGAUACGCAGCCUGCAAACUGCAUUAGGCAGACGCAAAGAUCCUGAAUCUGAACUGCACAAACACGAGCAGACAAAGUAGACAAUUUAAAGGCUUUUAUCAGUGUCACCCUUUUAGAGCCUUUUUAGAGUCUUUCAAAUCUCAGAAUAUUCUUUCCACCAGGCCACUGUGUACCAGCUGUAUGAAUGAAUUCCCUAAGACAGUCAGCAUGGGCUGUGGGUGGGAGCAGGUGAGUACGCCUAGGAUCAAUCAUUUUAACAUUUGUGUGUCCAACAAAUAUAACAUUUGCCUAUACAAAAUCCUUAAAUAAAGAAAAGGCUGAUCAUGGAAACAUUCUGCCUUGCUGAGGACUGUGAUUGCAGGGAAGAGGGG